UUUUUGCAAUAUAAUUCUUUCUAAACAUCAUUUCAUUUGUACACACACAGAGUGGGUAUGUACUGUAUCUUUACAUUAACAAACCCAUUAACAAACACACUUUUGCCCCUACCCUCCUUCAACUAAUCAUCAUCAUAAUCUUCUCUUCCUCCCCUAUUUAUAUCUUCAUUUUCUUCAUCCAAACCUCUGUACAAUCAUUCAUUCUUUCACACCCCAUUUCCCAAUUAUCAUCAUCUUUUUUUCAUCUUAAAAAUCCAAUCUUGAUUUUGUUAUACCAGAAACAAGAAAAGCUUACAUAUUUACACAUAACAUACAUAUAUAAACAGCCCCUUUUCUUGGAAUCAUGUUUUGCAAGUGUUGAGAUCAGAAAGUUUUGAUCUUUAUUGGCUUUUUUGAUUGUUCUUGAAAUUUUAAGGAAAAAAGUUCAUAUGGGUAACGUUGGCAGUAACAGCAUGAAUGGCCGGCGGCGACAGGGGAGUCGCCGGAGCCACCCACCGCCACCACCUCCUCAACAACCCCAGCAAGAAAUUACCCCCAAUCGAUAUGUAUUCGCAGCUGCCACACCUUUACCUUCUCAAUAUCCUAACCCUAACCCUAACGCCCCUCCACCACCACCGUAUUAUCAGUACCCUGGUUACCACCAGCCUCCCACGAUGCCGGUGCCUUUACAGGCUCCGUAUGAUCACCAUCAUCGCGCGAUGCCACCGCCUCAAAUGCACCCGGGACAGGCUAAUUGGGUUGGGGGACAGUAUCCUUGUGGUUAUGUAAUGCCUGCUCCUACUCCUUAUGUUGAACAUCAGAAGGCUGUGACUAUUAGGAAUGAUGUUAACUUAAAGAAGGAGACUUUGCGGGUUGAGCCGGAUGAGGAGAACCCCGGAAAGUUUCUUGUUACAUUUACUUUUGAUGCCACUGUUGCUGGAAGCAUUACAGUUAUUUUUUUCGCAAAAGAGGACGAAGACUGUAACCUGACACCAAUGAAGGAAAGCAUAUAUGCACCAGUAACAGUACAUUUCCCACAAGGUUUGGGCCAGAAAUUUAGACAGCCCUCAGGAACAGGGAUAGACUUUUCAGCUUGUGAAGAGGCAGAACUAGUGAAAGAGGGUGAACUGGAUGUUUAUCCACUUGUAGUGAAGGCAGAGACAUCCCCAAGCGACCAAAGUGGAUCAGCAGAUGGAAACACUGAAACUGGAGCCAGCAACUCCCAGAUCACUCAAGCAGUGUUUGAGAAGGAAAGGGGUGAAUAUCAGGUGAGAGUUCUGAAGCAAAUUUUAUGGGUGAAUGGAAUGAGGUAUGAGCUUCAGGAGAUAUUUGGCAUUGGUAAUUCGGUUGAUGGUGAUCUAGACGGGAAUGAUCCUGGAAAAGAAUGUGUUAUCUGCUUGUCAGAACCUCGUGACACAACUGUACUUCCAUGCAGACACAUGUGUAUGUGCAGUGGCUGUGCCAAAGUUCUAAGGUUCCAAACAAACAGGUGUCCUAUAUGUCGGCAGCCAGUUGAGAGGCUUCUGGAGAUCAAGGUCAACAGUGAAACUGUUGAGGCAAGCACAGAUGAGUCUCUGCCAUGACAGUGAUGUACUGUUGCGUGCUAUCCGCUUUUCCUUACGCAUUUUAAUCAAACCUCGGUGUCUCCUGCAUGACUAAGUUUAAUAACUGAAUUGGGAUCUCAUUAAUAUCCAGAUUGAUUCAAAUGUAGUGGUGUGUUUUACGUGAGUUCGUAGCGCUAGAUGUACGCUGAUUUUUUUUUUGCAUGAUUUUGCUGACUGCUUGUUGGCACUCUCCUAGUCUCCUUGUAUUAUUGGAAAUGAGAUAUAUAGUUUGUUUAGUUUGCAUUUGCUUUGUGCAGUUCCUUGUAUGCUUUGGCAUAGGAAAUAUACUAGUGUUUUGCUCC